AUGAUCGAGCUUAAAGAAGACGACCAGCGCGCCGUUGAAGCAAUGCUCCGCUUUAUGUAUGGCUGUGAUCGCGACAGCGGCAUUAAUUAUGAUGGCCCGAUAUCUCCUAUGCUCUUCAAUACGGAAGUGUACAAAGUUGCAGAUAAAUAUCGAGUCUCAGCUCUCACACAGCUGUCAAAAAGAAGAAUUCAAGACGACUUUCCGCGUGUCAUCAGAGGCGUCUACGGUCCCUCCCAAUGCCAGAAGCCCCAGGAGACGAUCGCUCACAUUUCCCACGAGCAGAUGAAGGUGUUGCAGAAGAAGGACAGCUUUUUGCGCGUUCUUCAGGAAACAAGUGGAUUUGCGGCAGACCUCGUUCUGCUCCAAGCCAAAGCAAUUACAAGCCAAACAUCCCAAAUAUCGAUGCCCCAAUUGCGAUGGACAGUUCGAAGCGAAACUUCUCGGUGCAAAUUAUGCUGCCUGAUAUGCGGCACAGGCCGUCUUGAGUCGGACUUGAGGUUACAUUUGCUGUAA